UUGGGCCAUGAUGUGUCACUCGGACCGUAGAUGUGUAAUAAAGGCCGUCCAGCGGUGAGAAGUGAGGAACUCCGCCGAGUAUCAGCUCGAUAAACCACCGGAGCACAGGGUUCGUGACGUUUACCGGCACCGAGCAGAGCUGUUUGCGGUUUUUCUCCUCCGCUGAAGAUCAUCCAUCACCUCCAAGACCUCCAGAAGUUUACGUUCAUCUCUGCUGCAUUUGAGAAGACGAAGGUUCUUCGUCGGCUGAUGUCCUCGAGGCUCCUGGACUCAGUCUGGUACCAAAGCCCGGUUCUGCCUGGUCCUGAUGCAGCUGUAGACCUGCAGCGGAGUCCGGCUGCAGCUAUGAGCGCAGGUCCGGCUUUACGGAGAACUUGUUGUUGGAGCUGACAUCUCCAGGUCCGCCCUGCUGCCCCCAGACCCACCACCUCCCCCCUCAGAGAGAAGAACCGGCCGUGCCAUGCCCACCAACCAGUCCUCCCCCUGGGGGGACGGACCCUCCGACUCCCCGGGCGACGCUCCGGCUGCAGCCACCAAAGUGCCUUUGAGCCCGACGAAGGACGACGGCGAGACUCGGACCUCCAGCGGCGCCUCGGGGGACGGAGGAAGCUCCUGGAGGCGGUUCGCCACCGCCACGCCUCACCUGGAGAUCCUGAAGCCGCCCGCCGCAGACCGACAGGUGAGCCACCAGCUGAUGGGAAGCUCCUCCCCUGGGGGGCGGAGUCAGCAGGCUGCGGCAGGUGACGCACCAAUCAGAGGACAGCGCCCCCUGCAGCUCGCCAACCAGCCGAAGCUGGAAGUCGCCGACUCCUCGUCUUCGCCUCCUCCGUGCCUUAGUAAACCUCAGCGGGCGGCGCUGUGGAAAGACGUCUCCGGCCUCAACUGUAAAAGACCCGAAACGAGAAGCACAAGAACCAGAACGACCCGGAGGAGCCACUCGGCCAAGCUGACGACGAAACGCUGCCAGGCCCAGAACGGCUCGACCAAAACCUCCCAGCUGCUGGUCCGAGGCGGACCUCCGCCGGUUCUGUCUGCGAACAACAGGACGAACAGAACCAGACGGGACGGCCGAGGUCCGGACUGCCUCACGCCAACGGUGCUCAGUGCCAGAGUCAGUGCCAGUCGGGAGGAGACGCCCUCAGCUGUCCCUGCAGGUAGUCUGACUUAUUUAGUUUGUUUAACACGAACCGAACCUGUCAGAGGAACCAGAUGUUGCUGUUAAUGUUUUAAAGAUCCGUUCUCUCCAGAUGUUCUGGGCGGUUACUCGCUCAAUUCUCAUCAGGAGAAAAGUUCUACACCAGCAGCCUUCCAGGAGCAAAAACAACCGUUAAGAGACAAAAAUAACACAAAACCAGAUGAAAAAUGUCCCAAAUGAAAUAAAAAAGAACCUUAAAAAGAUGUUAAAGUGGCCACGGAGGCACAAAGUUACCAACAUGAGACACAGA